AUGAAGGCCAAGAGCAACGUCAGCAAGUACGUAGGUCUUCAAAAGAAUGUUCGAAAUCGGCCGGAGCUGAUGAGAGAGUUGGUUGAGGCUGGGACCACUGAACUCCCACUGCCUCCCAAUACGCCGCUGGAAGAGAAGAUAAGUUUCUCUGCUCUGGCCACAUUCACGCAGUGCAAGACGAACAAUUGCAGUCAAGAAAUGAUAGAAGCCUUGGGUGAGAUUUCAAAUCUGAGUCCAGUGGGUCCAAUGAGCAGCCACCGAGAUUCGAAAGCGAAGCGGAAAUUUGACUUUUCUAGGUACUCUUUGAUAAAAACGGCAGCUGAAGAGAGUUUGAUCUUGGAUCCAUAUCUGGCUAAGGAUCCAGAUGAUAAAGAACAAGAAAAUUCUACUCUGAAGGCAGCUGCGGAGCAAACCCCUCCUCGCAGGAUUUCCGAUGAGAAGCCCAACUACUUAAGUCCAUAUGUGAGCGUCUCGCGCGGUAAAGUCAACUCUCGCUGUGAUCGUGAGAAGCGAAACAGCAUGUAUUUGCCCGGUGAGGAGUAUCCUGUUGCCAAUCGGCGGGCCCUCGAGUCGGUGCUCUACUUUCGCAUACAGCUGGAGAAUGAGAUUCGACGACUGCGAGAUAUCUGCAGCGAGUGGGAAGCCUAUAGCAAGGAGAAUGAGGCGCAUCUGGUUGAGACGGGCGGCAUAGAUAUGAUCAAUGUGGCCAUUGGACAGACUAAUUUGCUCUAUACCAAGAAAUUGAUGCAGUUCAGCGGUCUGAUUGACCGUUGCGAGGCGGGAGCUACGGGCAAGAACCAUCGACCCUACGAUGGCAGCGAGGAGACGAAACCCGUCCAGGCAGAGGAUCUGGAAGGGUGGUGGGACAUGCUGCGACUCCAGAGUGAGAAUGUUGACAAGCGCUUUGAUAACUUGAAGCGAUGGAAACAGAACAAUUGGCAGGACCCCGAUGCAGUUGAGGAAUCGAAAAUACCAGCCAAGCCUGUGGCCAAACCAAAGUCUAAGCUGGGCAACAAUUUAAACGCUAAGCCCAAGGUCAAGGCCAGCAGUAACUUGAUGCAAUUACUCCGCAAGGCCCAUGCUGAAAUGAAAAAGGCUAAGGCGGAUGUGGUAUCAGCGGACGAUGCCCCGCAAACUCCAUCUCGCAGCAGCACUCAGCGUGUGAUCGUAGUACGCGACCGUCGGUCCUUCUCUCCUGCUCGCACCGUCCUGCGCAUGUCUGGACGCCAGUCGAUUCUGAAAAAACCAGGGACCAGCAAGCGUGAAAGUCGUGGAGUUAUUUUCAGUACAAAGAAAAAUGUACGGCACUUCAAAUUCACCUACGAAGAAGGCACUAUUAGCGAUGAUGAGCCCUUUGGCGGCGAUAAGCUAGAGGAUUGCGAGGAGGACAUGUCGAUCGAAGCUUGA